AUGCUGCUGAACGGUAAUGUUGUAAUUUAUGCAGCGGUCUCUCCCACUUACUGGGCGAAAAUUGUUCUCGGAAGAGGCUCAUCUGCUUUGCUGAGAAUUCUAGGAUUGGCGACUACCAAUCUUCUCUCGUUCGCCUGGUUUCUUAUUUUCGGUGACAUUUCAGUUUUUAAAAUUGCAGUAGUCGCGCUGGCACUUGUGGUCGUUGGGAUAACGUACGCUGGUUACGGAGCGUAUGCGAGCUUCAUCGGCGCCAUCGUUAUGGGACUCAUCGCAGUACUGAGCUCAGCAGUGAACUCGUUGUUUCUUCGUAGAGACCCAAAGAAAUCAGUUGCGACUGUUCCACCUAGAGGCAAGUUUGCAUAUUACAUAGUAGAAUUGCCGAUGCAGGUAGGUCGCGGUGUGGGAGGUCUUCGUGGAUCUACGGGGGUCUGUUUUCGUGACCUGUCGCACACCAUCACCGAAGAAUCGCUAGGAGCAGAAUAUGAUGCCCCACGUUAA